AGAAUCUGAAUUCCACAGAGAGUAUAAUGCAAGAAGCUGAAAGGUGAGGACAGUCUGCUGAAGGACAGUCUUCUGAAGGACAUUUAUUAACUGUUCUAUUAACUGAUAUAUUGAUGACAUACACCGGAGAUUACCAAGUGAAGAUUUUAAGAUAUUUUCUAAACACAAGUAAAGUAGAGGAGUUGGACAUUAAUCCAAAAAUCAAACCAUUCAACACUGACAGGAUGACCACUAACAAAUUUAGAAGAGCCUAUUCCCUGCGGAUACCACGUUCUCCAAAACCAGCAUUUGUGGACACUUCUGGAUUUUAUGAUCGUCUUGAGGAAGCAGAAUGUCCAGAAGACCCCCAAGUUAUGAAUGAAAUCUCUGGUAACAGGGACAGCACAAACUUUUCCUGGGAUGUACCCUUAAUUGACGAGGCACCAAAACUCCAACACUGUAGAAAGAAAUGGAUUUCUAGAAGUCUAAGAGUCCCAAAGACCCGUUUAGCUGAUGAAGGACUUUCUGCAGCCCCCACAGAAGAGAUAUAUGAAAAAGAGGAUAUCAGUGGCUCAUGGAAUGACCCUGCAAACACGAACCCAUGUGAGAAGCAAAAGGAGUCAGAUGUGUCUCAGAAGGAAAAAGAGGCUGAAAAUGAGGAGGAUAAACAAAAAUGUAAAAAAAUGAAGCACUACAAAAAGAGCAUCGACCGAGCUUUCCGGCGCGGCUGGGAGAAUUUUCUCACCAACAUCUACACUAUUUCUCUAACAAGGACAUCACAAGAUGCCCCCCAGCUGGUUAAAGCAUUUUAGAUGUCCCAAUACUCACCUGUAGGGUCGUUAGGGGCAUAGUACAUCACAGAAAAAAUCACAUCACCAUUCCAUCAAGGAGCUUAUCAUUAUUGUAAUGCUAUUGAUGGACUUACGCAUUUCGCAUUUCUUCUGUUUCCUAGAACAGGAGCUGAUUACUACAGUCCUUACCCAUUGAUCCCAGGAUAGACUCGCUCUUUAUGAGGAUUAAAAUAAAAUGUUCUAUUUUUUUUUAUUCAACAACAUUACUUUUUUUGCCAAAUUCAAGGCUAGAAUCUUCAGUAUUUAUCAAAUUUGCAGAUGGUGUGAGCAGGAAUGUAAAAAUCUCUACAAUUAUAUAUCAACUAUGUGCAUUCUUAGGUUCAGAUUUAUUUUUUUAUUGAAUAUACAUUUAAAUAUUUGAAUAUAUAUAUAUAUAGUCAAAUGUAGAAAAGAGUCCCAUCACUGUUUCUUUCAGGAAAUAAUCCUUUAUUGAAGUGACAAGAGAGACAGCAAACAGCUAUGUUUUGGACCUACAGUACAUAGCCCUUGGACUAUAUAUAUAUAUAUAAACACACACACAUAAACACAAAAAAAUGCAUUUAAUACAUUUUUAUAAUUUAAUGUAAUUAUUGUUUUAUAUCCAAAAUAUUUAUGUUCCUAUAACUUCCUCUCCCUGUAUAUACAGUAUUUAGUUGAGUGUCCUACAUUUUUCAAUUUUUAUCCACAAUAUGUUCUUCCCUGCCACACCAAUGACGCUUUUAUUGUUGCACAUUUUAUGACCAAAACUUGGCUAACAAAGAAAACUGCACUUUCAUAUACAUUUAUGCUUUUCGAAAAACAAUUUAUUGUAAAGAAAAUAAAUUAUAAAUUAUUAAGAAAAAUAAUAAAUGAAUUUCAAUA